UAUACGAACCAUUCAUUCGAAACCCGUAUACAAAUACAGUCGCUAUGCACUUCGCAAUUCUACCAUUUAUAAUUUACCUUCUCCCGUCUACAGCUCUAAAUUUAAACUAUCUCGAUCCUGUAAAAUUGCAAACGAAAACGUCGGCCGAGGUGCAAAAACAAGCCGCCCAAGAGAUAAUCAACAAGUACCUUAAUAACGUCGACGUGUACAUUAGUCCAGUUUUAUUUGUUAACCACAAAGAUGUGUUUGCGCUACGGACGGUGAACGGACAGCUGCAUAUAAGAGCGAGCACCGGCGUCGCGGCAGUAUGGGGCUUCAAUUAUUACCUAAAGAAGUAUUGCAAGAGUCAAAUAGCGUGGCAAGUACAGCACGUCAAUAUACCCGAUCCGUUACCAGAAGUCGACGAAACUGUUAUAGCCAAUGACAGGUUUCGCUAUUACCAAAAUGUGUGCACCGCGUCGUACAGUUUUUUGUGGUGGCAGAGCCCAGAUUGGACCAGCCACGUCGAGUGGAUGGCGUUGAACGGAAUUAACCUGGCCCUAGCACCGAUCGCACAAGAAGCCGCUUGGGCGAGCAUUUACAAACAAUUAGGAAUGACCGACGACGAAAUUAGCGAACAUUUCACAGGACCCGCAUUUCUCUCGUGGCUCCGGAUGGGAAAUGUACACGGAUGGGGCGGACCACUAUUUCAAUCUUGGCACAAUGGUCAAUUGGAAAUCCAAUCGAAUGUCGUGGACCAAAUGUUUCGUCUCGGAAUGGUCCCCAUAUUCCCCGCAUUCAAUGGCCACGUCCCAAAAGCGUUCGGACGUAUUUUUCCCGGUUCCACAUUCUAUACAGUGAGCACUUGGAAUAAAUUCAACACCGAUUACUGCUGCAAUCUAUUUUUGAGCCCGUUAGAUCCGCUAUUCAACAGAGUAGGUAAAAUGUUUUUGAAAAAAAUCACCGAAGGUGUAGGAACGAGCGGUAUUUACACAGCCGAUCCCUUCAAUGAAAUCAAAAUCGAACCGUGGUCUACACUGUUAGUUCAAAAAACAGCAUCAGCAAUUUUUACAACGUUGACCGAACAUGAUGAAAAUGCAGUUUGGGUGUUACAAAACUGGAUGUUUGUGCACAAUCCUUUACUGUGGCCUUUGGAUCGAGUGCAGUCCUUUUUGACCUCAGUACCCUUGGGAAGAAUGCUCAUUCUGGAUCUCCAGUCAGAGCAAUGGCCUCAAUAUAAUCUCUAUCGUAUGUACUACGGUCAACCUUUUAUUUGGUGUAUGUUACACAACUUCGGAGGCACCCUGGGUAUGUUCGGGAGCAUUAAUACGAUAAACAACGAUGUGUAUGAGACUAGAAAGCGAAUUAACAGCACGAUGAUCGGUAUUGGGCUGACACCUGAAGGGAUUAAUCAGAAUUAUGUUGUUUAUGAUUUAAUGUUGGAGUCUGCGUGGCGCGCGUCACCGGUACAGGAUCUAAACAAAUGGGUGGCCGAUUACGCAGAGCGGCGGUACGGAUGUAACACAACAGCCAGUGCGUGGCGAUAUUUAUUCAAAAGUGUAUACGAUUUUAAUGGUUUGAACAAAAUGAGAGGUAAAUACGUGGUAACACGACGGCCUAGUUUCAAAAUACGACCGUGGGCUUGGUACAAGAGCGACGACUUAUUUAAUGCGCUUAGAAAUUUCGUUUUCUCCGCCACUUCCGAUUGUAGAGAUGGUUUUGAACACGACCUCGUUGACGUCACCAGACAAGCUUUGCAAUAUAGAGCCGAUCAAUUAUACCUUCAGGUGUUGAACGACCGAUUUACAAACACUUGGACAUUCAAUGCAUCGAUAAACAGAUUUUUAGACGUAAUGGUCGACAUGGAAAAUAUUUUAGCUUCGAACGCCGAUUUCACUAUAACAAAAUGGCUAUCGGAUGCAACAAAAUGGGCGGCGAAUGUAAGUGAAUCUUAUGUGUAUGAAUUGAAUGCUAGAAAUCAAAUAACACUAUGGGGGCCGAAUGGAGAAAUAACAGACUAUGCGUGCAAGCAAUGGGCUGAAGUUGUCCGCUAUUACUAUCGCCCACGAUGGACAACUUUCUUGGAAAUAGCGAUGGACGCGAAGCUUAGGAACGAGACAUUCGACGAGCGAAGCGCUCAACGCGCUGUGAGAUCUUCCGUCGAAGAGGCAUUUCAAAGAGUCGACAUAAAUUCUAUCCCCAGUAAGAACGCGCGCGAUACCGCUUUGUAUAUUUACGAGAAAUGGGCAUAUGUAUCCGAUUUGGAAGAUUUACCAAUGGAUAUUAUACCAAGAGACCCAGAAGGUAAAACGACACUGGCCGACGUUGACGACGAACCAGACAGCAGUUUAAGCUACACCCCCUCUGUCGUUAUGUUGUUUUCUACAACGCCGACGUAAAUUUACUAAUUUAUAGAUACAUAUACAUAUUUUUUUUUAAUACCAUUUAAUGUAUUCAUUAUUAUCAUGAUAACAUAAAAAUAUUAUAUUUUAAAAAUACAUAAUUGUACAAUUUC